AUGUGUGGCAUGAGUUUAUAUGGAGCGAUCUAUCAGUUCUUGUAUCUACUUGAGAAAGUAUCGAGUUCGGUUCAAUGCAGUGAGAUCGGUAUCAUUGUCGACUUUUUUCUAACAGGUCAAGAGACAUACAUGCUUAUCUUUGCUAUUGACUUACUCCUGGUGCUCAAGAAUCCCUUUUCAGCAUCUAAAGGACAAAUGACUACAUACCACAUCUUUGGUGGGCUCUGGAGUUUACUCUGUGCUAUCAUCUCACAUUUUGAUACGCAAUAUGCAUUGUUUGGAUUCUGUUGGCUCAGUUCAAGUGAAGAUCUUGUCAAUCGCAAGGAACAUCGGACGGAAGGGACAAUGAACAAGACACUGACAGCAGGCGUGUUCUUUGCUUUGUACAUUAUCGUAGUCUAUUGUACCUCGUUGAUUGCAAUUGUACGUACGUGGAAUACAUUUGUCAAAGGACUUCCAGAUACCUUUCGAACGCGAAAACGUAUCCAGCGUCAUCUGAAAUACUAUGUCGGAUGCUAUUUUGGAUACUGGACGCUCGUGUUGGCAUGUUAUACUGUAUUUAACUUGCUGCCACAUUCAAAUGAGGAUACGACAGGAGGUCUUCGUUGUCGCGUAUGGCAUCUUUUAUCCUGUCUACUGCUUGCCAAAGGAAUGGUACAUGCAUUGAUUUGGACACGGACGUCCAAUAUUUUAAGAAUGAUUGAACAGCUUCGAACGGAUGGACAUAUAAAUUUAUCAGGACAAGACAGGAAUCGGAACGACAAUAUCAAUUGGGCCCUACGACUUGAAAUUCUCACCAACACAACCAAAGGAAUUUGUCAAAGCGUUGAUCGGGCUGAACAACAAGCACGAGCAUCAUCGGCUGACUCGUCAAUUCAAUCUGUAUUGGGGUCGUCCCUGGAAGAGGGAGCGAUUAACUACUCUGACGACUAUUGCGAUCGAAAAGAAAGUUAUACGCAGAUUGAAGAGCUGAUACUUGAAAACCGAAACGAUGAUCGGACACUUGGUGCACGAACUCAAGGCGUUGUAUUCAGAGAUUUUGCACCACAUGUCUUUCGUCGGCUUCGAGAGGAAGCAAAGGUCUCCAGUGCAAGUUAUCGUAACUCGUUACAGCAGACGACAAAGGAACGGGUGAGCGAAGGCAAGAGUGGAGCUUUCUUUUACUUCACGGAAGAUCGGAAAUACGUAGUGAAGACACUUACGAACGAGGAGCUCAAUUUUCUGCUGAGUAUCCUACCAAACUACUACACUUUCAUGAAGAGAUACCCCGACACAUUUAUGACACGCUUUUUUGGCUGCCAUGGCCUCACCAUGUAUGGCAAGACGGUCUUCUUCGUAGUCAUGCAGAGUGUUUUCGCCACGUCACUUCCAAUUCAUGAGCGGUUUGACCUGAAAGGGUCGUGGGUUGGUCGACUUGAGGGUCGCAAGCCUACGGGGACCAUUGCAACUUGCAAAUUCUGCAAUGUCGAGUACGUGGUAGGUGGCAGUCACGACCAGCGUUGCAAUGUCCGAGGAGAAGGCAAUAUGAAUCAUCAGUACGACCAAGUCGGCAAGGAUCUCAACUGGAAUCGUCACAUGGCACUGCCAUAUUCAACGGCACGAGCAGUUGCAAUUCAGCUGACCACUGAUUCAGAAUUCCUCUGCAGCAUCAAUAGCAUUGACUAUAGUUUGCUCGUUGGUAUUCAUCACCGCAGCUUCAACGUCUCCCACUAUUCCUCUGCUGACAAUUGUGACCCAACGGCGUUUGUUCACCACGACAGGUGCUGCAGCAUGAGUGGUCAUUCCAAUCGAAGCGGUCGGAGCAACAGCAGCGAGUCCCACAACUCAAGCUUCGUCCGCAAUCGCAGCAGUAGCGGCGACUUCCAGAAUAGUCGAGGAUGCAAUUGCUCACCUGGCAUCAAUGGAGUAAAGAAGCCUCUUCACCACCUUGCACAUGAAGGCAUGAGUGUGGACGAGGUACAUGGACCAGGGCUCUAUUAUCUCGGACUCGUUGAUAUUCUCCAACAAUGGAACUUCCGCAAGCGUGUCGAGUACUUUGUCCGAGUAUAUCUACUGCUACAAGAUCGACAUGGAAUAUCGGUGGCAAAUCCACGACAGUACGCGGAUCGUUUCCAGCAACGCGUGGUCAAGGAGCUAAUCUACGAUGCAGCUGCUAUGCCCACGCGUGACCACCGGGACAGUGUCUCCUUCGCACAACUUCAACUCCAGAACCAGCGCAAUGCCCAGUUGAUCGAAUCCAAUCGCACUUUGAGCACUAUGCUGGCCUCGUUGGAGCGGAACGCCACCACCUUUACCAGCCAUACCUCCAUACGGACAGAACCCUUCGCCAAUAUUUUAAUGUCGCCGAAGGCAAGCGUUAACUCGAUUGCUAGCUCUCUCUACACGCCACCGUAUGCAGCUGUGGUACCAAUGAAGACGGAAUUAAUGGCUCGCGCCGUCUUACCACAGCAUCGUUCAUACUGUUCAUGUGACAGUAGUAGCUGCUAUAGUUCAACCGAAGUUGGACGACUGUCAGGCGGACUUAUGAUGGAUUAUUCGGGUGCUGCGGUCAACAUGUCCAUGGUGUAUCCGACAGCGCUAGAUGCUUUACCGCUGCACCUUCGUCGAACGCUCCGAAGUUCUUCAGUUUAUUACCGGAGCAAUUCCGAACUCUCCAAGAUAAGCUGCCAACGGUCAAAGAGCACCGCUCAAUCGAGCACUUCAGAACUAGUGUCCAAUAGUGGGCGACGAUGCAAUCGUGCACGCACUAGUAGUAACGCAACCGGGAUGCAUCUAAAAGAAGGUGCACUACGAGUGCAGGCCAGCCCCCACGACUACCAGAUUGUCUGUACUCCAACAUUUUCCGACAAAGGAAGAGCCAAUACUGCUUCACUUUCCGCUUAG